CCAAAAAGUUAGAACAAGAUCAAAAGAAGAGUUUCCAUGGAAAUGGAUGGCCUUGGAUCUUUGAACAUAAUUGAAGUGUGUAGGGUAUCYCCUUCUCCUUCACCUGCCCAUAGCUCCCUUCCUCUCACUUUCUUCGACAUCCUUUAUUUGAAACAYCAUCCAAUUCAACAACUUUUCUUYUACCAAUUACCAUCCAUUGACRCUGAGRUCUCAUUUCUUGACSCCAUUCUCCCAAAGCUCAAAACCUCCCUCUCGCUCGCUCUCGGCCGCUAUCUUCCUCUCGCCGGGAACCUCCUUUGGCCCCACCACUCCGUCCUCCCCACCGUUGAGUUUGUCGAAGGUGACACUGUUUUGUUGACGGUGGCCAAGUCCGACGCCGACUUUCACCAUCUUUCUGGCAAUGGGUUUCGUAAUGUUGCAGAAUAUCAUCCUCUCGUCCCUAAGUUGUCUAUGUCUUGUGAUCGGGUCGCAGUUAUUGCUCUCCAAGUCACUGCGUUUCGAAAUAGAGGAUUUUCUAUUGGAAUAACCAUUCACCAUGCAGUUAUGGAUGGAAGAACUUCARCUUCGUUUGUCAAUUCAUGGGCUCGUAUUUGCAAUACUCUUCAYGUCACUGGAGAAUUGUCUUUUCCAACCACGACAUAUGACAGACCAUCUAUCGAAGAUCCGACGGGUCUUACAGAAACUUACGCGAAUGCAUGGCUGAACCAGGAAGGACCCAACAACCGGAGCUUGAACAUCAAGUUACCCAAAACUUCACCCACCUUAAUCCGAUGCACUCUGGAGUUGAGUCCCCAAAACAUCCAAAAGCUAAAGCAACGGCUUCUAAAGCAGCAGCAGCAGAGUAAUUGUGAUUAUCACAAUAAUUAUAUCUCUUCGUUUGUGGUGGCAACUGCUUACCUCUGCGUCUGCAUGGCCAAGACCGAAGCCUUGAAAGAGGGAAGCUUGGUAAUCGUAUUCCCCGCGGACGUUAGAGCUCGUUUGGAACCGCCUCUUCCUCCAAACUACUUUGGAAAUUGUUUGGUUCCUCGCUAUGCUUUGAUGGAAAGAAGUGAGAUUUUGAGUGAAAAUAAAGGGGCAGCUGUGGCUGGCAAGGCAAUAUUUGAGGYCAUUAGAAGUUUGGAAAAAGGAGCCUUGAAAGGGGCAGAGGAGUGGAGAUUUGUCAUAGAUAAUUAUUCAAGCAAUAACACUGAUAUUUCUGCUUUACCAGAAGGCCUGCUUGUAAUUGGUGGGUCGCACAAGUAUGAAGUUUACAGUGCGGAUUUUGGGUGGGGGAAGCCGAGGAAGGUGGAAUUGGUGUCGGCUGAUGAAUCGUCGGYAAUUAUUUCUCUAACUGAGAGUGGAAAUGGCGAUGGUGGGAUGGAGAUUGGAUUGGUUAAGGAGAAGGAUGAGAUGGAAAGUUUCGUUGCUUUGUUUGCUCAAGGUCUUCAAUCUCUUUGAAAACAUAAAUAUCGACACUUAAGAAAAAGGGGAUUCCGGGCUAGAAAGGACUGUCAAUUACUACCCAACUAAGCUAAGCUUGUGACUUUUAAUAAGGAUUCUUGAAUUUAAGGUGCASUUUYAAGGUUUUUGCCUA